AUGAGCCAAUGGAAGAGGCUGAGGCAGAGCAAGAGGAGGAUGAGCUCCCCAUGUACCAAGAGCACUACAAUGCUCUCUUCUCCAUGGACUUUGUGGAGACCAAGUACCCACAUGAUGACACAUGAGAGAUCUUGGAUCUUUGAGGAUGUGGAGUUGGUGCUCAAGAACAUGCAAUUGGGGAAGUUCUUCUCUCACCGCAUGGAGUCUUACAAGGAGCUCACUUGUGAGUUUUUGGCGUCGAUGAAGCAUCACGAGUUUGAUGAGCUCGAUCGAGCUGAGUUGGACCGGCUGGGGGUACAUAACUUUCUAGCAAAGGGAGAGAAGAAGAUGGUGACCUUUAGGCAGCUUGAGAUACUGUUUGGGUUCACCUAUGGAGAAGGUAACCAUGGAACAUCAAGGAAGAACUCCAAAGAGAAAGCCACUGGAACAAUCAAUGAGGGAGAAGUGAAGCUCCUUGACAUGGGAAUCAAGCCCAUCAUCUCACGCACAAGGAUGGGAAGAAGAUCAGAGGAGAUAGGGCACACGCAGGGAAUCUCAUGCCUCUCCUUGAGCAGCUCCAAGCCUACAAGGUCACAGCUUACAACACUAGGCACCAAAGAGGAAGAAAGCUUAGUGUUGGAGGGUUGGAUGGACAUCAAGUUUUGCAAGACCAACCUCCUCAUUGAGCACAAGGAGUUGGAUGGGAGAUUCCAAUUCAAGUUCACACAUCCAUUGGCUGGACCCUCCAAGCUUCUUCUGCCCAACCCUGAGCUCACCACGGUCCUAGGAGGUACAAACAUUGACUUCAGACCCCCUGUGUACACUUUGGUUGGGCAUGAAGCGGAUUUGCAAGAAGAAGAGAUCGAGCUCGAUCGAGCUGAGUCGAGCUGA